CCGGUGAUACUCAGAGAUGUGGAGAGGAUGUUGACAAUGUAGGAGCUUGUUUGGACAGUUUCGCUGUUAUCUUCGUCUGUCUGUCGCCUGACCCGCAACUCUCACUUAAUUCACUUCGAAUUUCACAUAAAGCCACUCUAGAUUCGUUUACACAUCCGGGAACAGACUCCGCGAUGAGCUCUGGAAGCGGACGAGAACAGUUCACUUGGACACUUUGAGCAGUUCCAGCGAUGGACAAGCAGAAAGUGCUGGCUCAGCUGGUUUCAGACCUGCAGGCCUUCUUGCUGGUUCUGGACAGUGAGAAUCUCAGUUAUAUCGCUCAGGUCCAGAAAAAAUCCAUCUCAGAGCUGCUAUAUAAACUACAGGACAACAAGGACACACCAGCAGAGGAUGCGGAGUACAUGAUUAUGAACUGUCCCUCUGGAGGCCCCAGUGAUCUCAGGGAAAGCCCCACUGCUGAGGCUCAGUCGACGGAGGAGGCUCUUUCAGUCACCUCUACUGACCGUCUGUGGCCCAGGUCUAUGAAUCCCUCUGUUCCCCCAAAUCCCCUGUGUGUAGAGGAAGAGGACUGUUAUGAGGAGGCAGAACCAUUUGUCCCAGCUAGUCAGUCUUCAGAUAAAGUGGACUCAGACAGUAGUCACUACGAGUCGUAUGGUGAAGAGGAGGAUGAUGAGGAGUUUGUAAAGGACCGAGCUCACUACAUCCAGUGGAGCUCCUCUCAACCGUGUUUAAGACCCGUGCCAGAGUCACGCAUCUGUGGAUACCUCUGGAAGAAGAAGUGGUUGGGUCAGUGGACCCGCCAGCUCUUCAUUAUUAAGCACAACUCUUUAUUGUGUUUUAAGUGUGCUAAAGACCUGCACCCUCUGCUGGAGCUAAACCUCACGGGUUGUUACGUGGUCUACAAAUCCAGGCACAGUAAGAAGAUGCAGCACGAGCUAAAGGUGGUGGCCGGUGCCGAAUCGGUUAUCUUGGGCUUCCAGAGCAGCACGCAGGCCGAAGAGUGGAGGAAGAUUAUAGAAGAAGUGAGCGGGUCUUCUUAUUAUGAACCUGAAUCCCAAAGCUCCUCAUCCAUCCUGAGGAGCGAGAGGCUGGACUCUUGCAGGUCAAGUACUGUCCUCCAUACGGACUCGGAUGAAGAGAAAAUCUCAAGUCUUCCGUCUGCAGUUAGCAGUGUGGAAAUCAAAGAUAAAGACCUAUCCGGCUUCCUAAACGUGCUGAUGAACUGUCAGUGGCAGAGUCUGUGGUGUCGGGUGGAGGACGGGGUCCUGAAGAUGUACCGGGACGAGGCGUCAGAAGAGAGCCCUCAGUACACGGUUCAGCUCAGAGGGAGCGAGGUGCGACCCGGCCCGGAUACAGCACACACGUACCGCAUUACCAUCACACAGCACGGGGACCAGGUGGCUGUGCUAGAGGUGAGUUGUGCAGAUGAUAAAGAGCAGUGGGUUCAGCUCCUGCAGGAUGGGAGUUCAACUGUAGCUGGUUCUCCAUAUCAACACAUCAGCCACGAGUCACUGAGUGGUCUGAAAAGCCGCAGGUUUCGCACCUCAAACAUGUACAUGGAUGACCCCUUUCAGCAGCUGUGUGGUCCAUCAGUCCACCCGCAGCCCAUCUAUUCAAACACAUCCAUACUGGAGCACAUGUUUGAGAAACCCUACACUGGUGGAAACGGAGAAUCGGUGUCAUCCAAGGAUCCUGCCAGCUACAGAAAUAAUGAAAUCUUCAGCAACCACAGUACAAAAGUGUUUGAGUUUGAGAGGGGUGUGCAGAAGCUGGACCUGACAGGAAAGAGACGUGUGCCGUUGCGAGCAGGGUCAGAGGUCAACCUCAUGAGUGUGGGGACGAAGCCAGCUAAACGGAACUCCUUCAGACGCUCCCUCGCUUUCUGCACUGAACGAGCACAGGGUGGAUUUCUGACCCCACUCUUGAGAAGAACUGCCUCAGCAAAAAGCACCCUGAAGAAAGCCCCGUCUGCCCUGUUUAUGGAGCAUGGCAGGGUCUUCCAGAGGAAGAGGGAGUGGGAAACCAAAGCUUCAGGUUGACAUCAAGAGAAGACUCUCUCACAUCCCCCUCAUAUUGUCAAUAUAAUAUUGCACUGAAAAUAAUAUUCUUUCCAAGCAUGUGGAUCAUGCAGUGGUUUGGAUCUGUAAAGUCUGUGUUCUUUUUGUGGGGUACGUGGUACUUUUAAGAAACUAACUGACCAAGCAAACUCUUUACCAGCAUAUUCUGUCAGUAUGCCAACUUUCAUCGAGUUGCAAGAUUGUUAGGGGAGCAACCGCCAAACAUUUUACAAUUGGAGUAAAUGUCUUUUCAGAUGAUGCCGAUGUACAUUUCUUCAGAAAUUAAAGAGAACUUUGACACCAUCGUUUCAGGUAUUGAAUAACUCAGUGUCUAGGAGUUUUGUGUAGAUCAUUUAUAGCACAGUAUUUAUCCUUAUGUUAAUCACUUUGCACUGAUUUGAACCCGACCUAAACUGUGUUUGCGGUUUGUCAGAAAGGCAUUGUCAUGGUCAAUCAUCAGGAAUCAUCGGUGUGAAGAUCAGACAGGAUAUGUGUAUUGCUAACUGAUUAUUGAAGAGUAAUUACCUCUGUCUUAUUUUUAUUUUCUCUAGACUCACAAACCUGUGGUAAUUUAUCAACAUUUGUACUUUUUAUUCCAAUGCACAUAUAGUAUAUUAUGUGUCGAGCUUUUCUAAUAAUGUGCCUUAACCGUGGUUUUUAUCCAUGUUUUUUAUGAAGCUUUGAUUUGUCUUUACAGCUGAAGAGAUUUUGCUGGUAUUGAUCCCUCUUCAGGAAGGUUUUUUUUCUGUAUAGUUUGGUAGCUUGGUUAAGACAAGGAUGGCCUAAUAUUGCUGUACAAAACAUAACUGUAAAGAACCAAAACACCACUGAUGAACAUAUUUCUACAAUAAAUAAUGUAAUGCUGGAUAAAGCAUCA